CCCGAUCCCGUCGGCUUCACCACAACUCCGUCUCUCAGUCGUGCAGCAGCACUCGCACAGGACGCAGCGGCGGUUCGAGAGACGUCAAAUGAAACAGAGGAGACGCCAGCUGCUCCUUUCGAGUUUUACGCGUAGCCUGUGCUCCGCACCCGGACACAGCACGUUCUGAAACCACCAUGGAAGACAAAUCCAAUUCAUUCUCGAGCAACAAGGAGGAGAAAGUGGAUGGGAAUAAUGUGUUCCAAAGGCAAGACUCGAUCAUGAAGAACAGCAUGGGCAGCCAGAACAUGAAAGACCACGGCAACUCAGUGAGUGCCAAGGGGGAACACGAAGAAACCAUGGUCGGUUUUGACGAUAUGGAUGCUGCGUCUAGGCAAUACGGGUUUAUGCAGCGGCAAUUUGGAGCGAUGAUGCAGCCCGGGGUGAAUAAGUUCUCAUUGCGGAUGUUCGGGAGUCAGAAAGCCGUGGAGAAGGAGCAGGAAAGAGUCCAGACGGCUGGAUAUUGGAUCAUUCACCCUUACAGUGAUUUUAGGUUCUACUGGGACUUGAUAAUGCUCAUCAUGAUGAUGGGGAAUCUAAUUAUAAUUCCUGUGGGAAUAACCUUCUUUUCGGAGCAAACCACCACCACCUGGCUCGUCUUCAACGUGGCCUCGGACACCAUCUUCCUGGUGGACCUGGUCAUGAACUUCCGGACGGGGAUCGUGAACGAGGAGAGCUCUGAGAUAAUUCUGGAUCCCAAAGUCAUUAAGAUGAACUAUCUGAAGAGCUGGUUCGUGGUAGACUUCCUAUCCUCCAUCCCGGUGGAUUAUAUCUUUCUAAUAGUGGAGAAAGGUUUCGAUUCGGAGGUGUACAAGACGGCCCGAGCGCUCCGUAUCGUACGGUUCACCAAAAUCCUCAGCUUGCUCCGCCUUCUCCGGCUUUCACGCCUCAUCAGAUACAUCCACCAGUGGGAGGAGAUUUUCCACAUGACGUAUGACUUGGCGAGUGCAGUGGUAAGAAUCUUUAAUCUGAUAGGCAUGAUGUUGUUGUUAUGUCACUGGGACGGAUGCCUGCAGUUCCUUGUUCCCCUUCUGCAAGACUUCCCUCCGGAUUGCUGGGUGUCGCUAAACGGUAUGGUUAACGACUCCUGGGGGAAGCAGUACUCUUACGCCCUAUUUAAAGCCAUGAGCCACAUGCUGUGUAUCGGGUACGGAGCCAGAGCACCGGUCAGCAUGUCGGACCUUUGGAUCACAAUGCUCAGUAUGAUCGUGGGUGCCACCUGUUACGCAAUGUUUGUUGGCCACGCCACAGCCCUCAUCCAGUCUCUGGACUCAUCACGACGGCAAUACCAGGAGAAGUACAAGCAAGUAGAGCAGUACAUGUCUUUCCACAAGCUGCCGGCUGACAUGCGACAGAAAAUCCACGAUUACUAUGAACACCGUUACCAGGGUAAGAUCUUCGAUGAGGACAGCAUCCUGAAUGAGCUCAACGACCCGCUCAAAGAGGAAAUCGUGAACUUCAACUGUCGUAAAUUGGUGGCCACUAUGCCCCUGUUUGCGAACGCGGACCCCAACUUCGUGACAGGAAUGCUGAGUAAACUAAAGUUUGAAGUCUUCCAGCCCAAUGAUUACAUCAUUCGUGAGGGGACCGUGGGUAAAAAGAUGUACUUCAUUCAACAUGGAGUGGCCAGCGUCAUUACCAAAUUCAACAAAGAGCUCAAACUCACCGAUGGGUCUUACUUUGGAGAGAUCUGCCUGUUGACAAAAGGUCGUCGUACGGCCAGCGUCCGUGCAGACACAUAUUGCCGACUUUUCUCCCUGUCUGUUGAUCAUUUCAACGAAGUCUUGGAGGAGUACCCCAUGAUGCGACGUGCUUUCGAGACCGUGGCUAUCGACCGCUUGGACCGCAUCGGGAAGAAGAACUCACUCCUGCUCCAGAAGUUCCAGAAGGAUCUGAACGCCGGCGUCUUCAACACGCAGGAGAACGAGCUGCUGAAGCAGAUAAUCCGGCAGGACCGGGAGAUGGUAAUGAUGGUGGAUCGGAAGCAAUCGGUCACGGGGAUGAAUUCGACGCCGAUGUCUGGAAACUCCAUCAUUAACUCCCCCGCUCAGCCACCCUUCGCCACGGCGACCGCUAUUCUCGGGAACAACCAAUUGCAGCAGGCCGCCAUGCUAAGCUAUAGCACCUCAGCAACCAUCACCCCAUCCAGUCGAGUUCCACCCUCACAGGGCGUCACGUUUUCGGCCCCCGGCGUUUCUCUCGGCAACACCUCUUCCCCAAAUCCUCCCACGCCUUUACAGCAGCCGGCGUCGGCGAUCAUGUCCCCGUGUUCCUUUACCACGUCCGUAUGCAGCCCCCCUGUGCAGACCCCAAUAGCCGGCCGAACAUUUCAAUACGGAUCGCCGACGGCCUCUCAGCUGUCGCUUGUACAGCAAACCUUACCCCAGCAGUCCUUGCCCGCAUCCAUACCCCAACAGCAGCAGCCGACACAGGGGGCGUCCCCACAGCGGAGUGAGGUCCACAAGAGCACGCAUGCCCUCCAGUCGGGCAGCCUGAGCCGAGACGUACGCCACCUCUCCGCCUCGCAGCCGUCGCUGCCCCACGAGACCUCAUUGGCUGUCCGGGCGCACCCGACAUCAGGCGAAUCGCUCGCUUCCAUUCCUCCACCCGUAGGAUCCGCGGCAGGUGUUCAGGCACCGGGCUCCGCUCUGCAAAGCGGAAUCCGCACCAACGUUCCACAGAGGGUCGCCCUUUUCAGGCAGAUGUCAUCGGGCGCGUUACCGCCGGUACGCGCGGCGCCUUCUAGUGGCCAGCACAGGGAAUCCGCGGGCUCCAGAAGAGAGUCCGCAGUCUUAAGCAGUACAGAGACGGAACAAGACAAGAUGCGAUUCGCAUCGAAUUUAUGAUCCCAUUUACUUUUUCCUGUUCAUUUUUAAACAAAGAAUUUUUUUGAUUGAUUUUUACGGAGAUACAAAGAAGCGGGAAAAAACUUGAGUAUUUUUUUCCACCAACUUCCUCUGAAAAAAUAACCUCAUAGCUAUCCGUGUACAGAAUUUCCUUGUACGAUAUUUUAGACGCACUUCCCCUUCAACUUAAGAAUGUAUAUUAUACAAAAAUAUAUAUAUAUAUGUGCAAGUCCAACUAGAAUAUUUGGUAUUGACCAUAUGGGAAAAACUAUAGUAUAAACAAGUCUUCCUCUAACAUGUGACUUUAAUGUGUCUGGAGUUGUUUAUAUUUCUUUUAUGGUUUUUCGGUUUGUCGUCUUUGGUACAGGAAUGCAACGUGUCUGGGAAUGAUGUUUUUGUGCUCUCUUUUCAUGUUGAGAAGAUGACAAAACAAGUCCAGCGAUUCGCAGCUUUUAACAUCACUGUGGAAAAACGUUUGCGCAACUGAACCAGGGAAAACCUGAAAAUGUUUUAAAAGCACAUCCGUAAACCGUACCCCACUGGAAAACAACGUCGGAAAAGCUUGGAGCAUCGAACCAAGGUGUCGAUAUCUGCAAUACUUCGUGUUGUGCGGUAACAGCGUUGCGUUUCGAGACAGCAUGUGUGCGUUAAAUGUCUUUUCCGUUUCUCAUAUAUCGAAUGUUCGGUGGAGUCAGAUGGGUUUUAUUUUCUAUAUCGAAGUUUUCAAUGAGAUGGACAUCACUGUACAUUAACAAUAUUUAUAAAACUAAAGAUUAUCACCAUUAUGCAAUAGACUGUGAUAUAAAGAUUACCUAUAUGUGUGUUGUACAUAGUUUUGUAGAUCUAGUAUUUACAAAGUAAUGUGUGGUGCAUUUCUCAAACAUGGCAAAUGUCUUCUCUGUCAGCAGCCUGGGUAAUGCCUAUAUAUGCAUAUAUAUAUAUAUAUUUAUAUAGAUAUAUAUUCAAAUGCUAAUGUGUGACUACAUCCAAAACAACCUUUAGAGAAAAACCUUAAUGCAAACUAUUAGUCCUGAAUGCAAUAUUGAAACAUAUCAUUACCGGGAUAAAAAGGUAAUGUAAACAAUUGUAUAGUGUUGUGGGGUAAUACAUCAAUGUAUAUCAUUCACAAUGCACUUAUGAUUUUGCAUACCACCUCCCUGCAUACAGAAACACAACCAAAUACUUGUUUGAAUUGUGUUUUGCUUAUGAAUCAGUAUUAAUGGAUGUACACAAGAAUCAAUACCACUCCAACUCUGUGCAGUGCUUUAUAUCACACGGUUUGUUAUUUUAGAAAUAAGUUUGCAUAGUAUUUAUUUUCACUAUAUGUUGCGUUACUAAAGCUCAAUUUUACCUUGCAUUACAUUAGUAGUUUUAGAAAAUGCACCUGAUGUCUAUGACGUGCAAUACAGAAAUCUGAUUUUACUAAAAAGCCAGCAGAUAUUACUGUAUUCCUGUUUUCUGUACCCAACAACAUAUCAAGAGAUGAUUUCCAAAAUAUCGCCAUUUAAAGAAAAGCUGCUUGCAUUAAGGUUUUUGUCUCAUCAUGUGAUAAUUCAUCCAGCAGGGGGCUUGAGACUUUGAAACUUUGAAAAUGGAUCUAACAAGAGGUAACUAGCAGCUGUGGCUCAUUUUGACUAGUUUAUUUCUUCUUUCAAUACUUUCAGCCUAUCAGCUUCUUUCUGUGCUGCUUAUCAAACGGAGCUUUAAUGGUGGACGUUGGGUGCCAUCCAAAGUCCAUCUGCUGAUAUCAAAGCAAAGUCGCAUUGAGGACAGAUGCUGCGAUUUGUGGAUUUAUACCCGACAUCUGCAAAGUCUCAAAGCCCCCUGUACAAUUUUAUAAAAGGCUCCAAUACUGCAGAAAUCCAUGUGUGUCUAUGCCGUACCAGUGCAGUUCCCAUACAGCCGCCCAUAAGCGCAUGCAUCGUCACGAAUACUUAAAAGAGAAACUAUUUAAAAAAUGUUGACGUUUAAAUGUAUUGUGAAGUUACGUUUUUCGUUUUUUGUCUGCCUAGACGUUGCGUAUCGGAAAUUUUCACAAAAAGGACAUUCUUAAGUAUUUGUGCCUAAACUAUAGCCAUGUUUCAUCCUGUUCAUUUUAUGGGUGUGACUUGUGCGCGCGCACUCGUGCACACGUGUGUGUGUGUGUAUGUGUGUGUAGACAAAUGUACACGUGUAUGUUCAAUGUCGAGGAGAUCAAAAGCAAUGGCCAAACGUAUCAGUUUAAAAACAUACUAGUGAAAAGCAUAUUUUAUAUAUGUGCAAAGAUGAGACAUAUAUUUGAUAUGCGAAUAACAUUUAACAAGCGAAACAGUAUAGACUGAAAUCACAAUGUGUCUGAAAUGGUGUGUAAAAUGACGUCAUAGCCACUGAUGUUUCAUUUGUUUAAGUGUAACGUGUUGCAUUGAAUGAAACUGGCCAAAGUGAAACAUGAAAAGACUUAUCAUGAAUUGCACUUUCAUUUUAAAGAGAGAGAGAGAGAGAGAGAGACCGAGAAGUAUAGAAGCAGAAAAAAUACAUUAAUUAGUUGUGUAAGUAAAGGGUUUAUUGUUAUUGUAUCAUGCAAAAUCACAUCCUCUGGCCCUGUUGUUCGGGGCUUUCAAAAGGUACCUAGAUAGCACAGGUACGUCUGUAAGAUGUCUGCUAAAGAUCUGCUGUGUAAACCCCAUGUCUAAAAUGUCUAAAAGCAGUUUUACAUACAUCUAAAUGUCUAUAUGACAUCUGUCAGGAAACGUCUCAGAGAUGUAUUGCAGAAAUGCAGACAUCAAAUAGACGUCUCCGUGCGUUUGCUAUCUGGAUACCGUGUCUUUUAUGCCUCCUGCUAUGCCAUAGUGUAUAGAAACUAAUGUACAGGUAGGAUGGUCAGCGGUACUCUUGGUAUCUGCGCUUUUUGAUACUGUACUUGCCUUCAGAGGGAAAUGCUUCUCAUUCAUGUGCUUUUUCCUCUCAGAUUUAAGCACUGUUUAAUUCUGGGCUUGGUAGAUAAGGAGACGCCCAUAACGCUACAUUUAAUGAAUGCAGUCAUUUUGAGGUCUUGGAGAAAACCAGCACAUAUCUUUGUUUUGUUUUUUCGUGUAUGUUUGUGUUUAUGUCAUGGAAAAUAAGAAAUGCAAAGCGAAAUGAUGAGCGUCUUUGGAAUAAAAGGGAAAAACCAAAUGUUUGGUUCGCAGCUUCUACGAUUCAGGUGAAAUUAUUUUGUUGGAAACGUUUUACUGUAACGAUGCAAGAUUUCACAGAUGGAAGACUCUGGAACAGGCCUCAAGCUCUUUUUAAUCUCGGAUGAGUUUUUCAUUAUGCUUGUUCAUGUGCACCAACGCUUGGUUUAAAAAAAAACUAAAAAUAAUAAUAAUAAAAAAGGGGGGAGAGACAUAUAACAAUAAACAAACAUGAACAAUUAUAGUUACUUGAUCCAGAAUAAAAAAGGUAAAUGUAUGCUUUCUUACACCUAUAUGCAGACAAACAGUGUUUGUCAAAAAUUUUGUUUUUGUUUUAUUUUGUUUCUUUGUAAAUAAUAAACCUUGAAAAUAUAGAGAAAAAUAAAAGAACUAUUGCCAUUUA